AGCAGGGACCCUGGACGGUUUCUCGCUCUCUUUUCUUUUAUAUUCUCCCUCAUUGUGGACAAGUUUUUAAAACAACAAGAGUGUUCAGUGAGAGUCAGGCUGCGGGUUUAAUAUAAUAAAAUACCAGCCGGUGCGUUCAGCAGUUUUCGGAUAAAUUGUUGUUUUCCGAGUUUGGACAGAGGUCGUUCACUGAGCGCAACAACUGCUCCACAGCAGCGUUUGGAUUAUUCAGCGGACUUGUGUUGUUCAGGACAAAACACACUUUGUCUGACAGAGACUUCGUGUAAAAGUUUGGACUGCUGUCAACGCGCACUUCUCUGUGUCUUUUUAGGUAUGCCUGUGGACAUCAGCGGGUCCCCGGACAGGUAACCAGGUGUGUUGCUGCUGUCAUGGCCUUGCCAACCCUGCGACUGUUCCCUGCCACGGUGGUCACAGUGCUGGUGGCGCUGGUGGCGUCUUCAGGGGACCAUGAGUGGCACUUUAACCCAGCUCAGUGUCGUUACGCCCUGGGUAUGGAGGAUGGCACCAUCCCAGACUCUGACAUCACCGCCUCCAGUGCCUGGUCUGACUCCACUGAGGCCAAACACGGAAGGUUGAGUACUGGAGAGGGCGACGGAGCGUGGUGUCCUGCCGGAGCCGUUUUCCCCAGUGGAUCCGAAUAUCUUCAGAUAGACCUGCACCAACUCCACUUCCUGGCUCUGGUUGGAACACAGGGCCGCCACGCUGACGGGCACGGCCGGGAGUUUGCCCGCAGUUAUCGGCUCCGUUAUUCUCGAGACGGAGUGAAAUGGCUCACCUGGAAGGACCGCUGGAGCCACGAGGUGGUGUCAGGAAAUGAGAACACCUAUGAUGUUGUGCUGAAAGACCUGGGACCUCCCAUCGUGGCCCGCAUGGUGCGCUUCUACCCGCUGGCUGACCGGGUUAUGAGCGUUUGCCUUCGGGUGGAGCUCUACGGUUGUGUCUGGAACGAUGGGCUGAAGGCUUACACGGCUCCCAUGGGUCACGUCAUGCACCUGUCUGGCCCAUCUGGCAUGCCUGUCUAUCUAAAUGACUCCACCUACGAUGGGAGUACUGAGCAGGGGAUGCAGUUUGGAGGCCUGGGUCAGCUGUGUGACGGCGUCCUGGGAGGAGACGACUUCAUUCAAACUAAAGAGCUAAGGGUGUGGCCUGGGUAUGACUACCUGGGCUGGAGCCGGGAAGCCCUUGGGCAAGGCAGCGUGGACAUUGAGUUCCACUUUGAGGAACCGCGAGUCUUUCACAACAUGCAGGUGCACAGUAACAACCGCCACACUCAGGGCGUGAGAGUCUUCAACAAGGUGGAGUGUCUCUUUAAGCCGGGCAUCCUCCAGCCUUGGUCCACUGAACUCACUCUGCCUGUGCCCCUCGAGGAUCUGAAGGACCCCUCCUCACGACCCAUCUCCCUCCCACUGGGCGGCCGAUUGGCUCAGAUCCUCCGCUGCAAAUUCUACUUCGCUGACCGCUGGCUGCUCAUCAGCGAGAUAUCCUUCCUCUCUGAGCCAUUUGAGGAGGAUGUCACAGACACUGAUUCAUUUCCUCCUAAUCUUCCCAAGAUUCCUACCACAAGUUCUUCUCAACCUGUCAACCACACCUCCUCCUCUCCCACGUCCAGCCGCGGCUCCUCCAACACCACCGCAGCCGGCCCAUCUGAAGCCCCCACCGCCACCUCCUUCAUGAUGGACACCACUGGUAACUGGACGCUGUCAGAUGCAGAAUUUGGUGCCAACACUCCCAGGGCGGGGCUUCCUGUCGCCAAAGAUGACAGCAGUAAUACAGCUAUUCUGAUUGGCUGCCUGGUGGGCAUCAUCCUCCUGUUGCUGGCUGUGAUAGCUGUCAUCCUGUGGAGGCAGUACUGGAAGAAAUUACUGGGCAAGGCCCAGGGUAGUCUAUCCAGUGAUGAGCUGCGGGUUCACCUGUCAGUCCCCUCGGACAACGUGGUCAUCAACAACACGCACAGCUACUCGAGCCGCUACCAGCGCAUCCACACCUUCCCAGAUGACCGCGACCACGACAGAGAGGGAGAAGGAGAGUACCAAGAGCCCAGCGCUCUGCUACGGCCACGGGAUCACAGAGACAGCACAGCCUUGCUGUUAAACAACCCAGCCUAUCACCUGCUCCUGUCAGAUCACAGAAAUCGCUCGAGACCCCUAGUCGUCCCCGGCACCACUCAGGCUCAGGAAAAGAGUCUCAAUGUGCCCCAGGCCUGUGGUUUGGACAUGGACAUGGAGAAGGGCUUCCCCCCGACUCAGGAGGAGCCGCCCCCCUACCCUGGCUCCCCUCCUUACCCCUCCCUGUCUCCCCCCGUGUCUCCUCCACUGCCUCCCAGCGUCCCUCAUUACGCCGAGGCAGACAUCGUGAGCCUGCAGGGUGUCAGUGGGAACAACACCUACGCCGUGCCCGCCUUGGCCUCCUCCAGCCCCGGGGCCGACGCCGCCCCGCUGCCGGAGCUGCCGCGCCAGUGUCUCAUCUUCAAGGAGAAGCUGGGAGAAGGGCAGUUUGGAGAGGUGCACCUGUGUGAAAUCGAGAAUCCUCAGGACCUUCCCAACUUGGAGUUCCCCUUCAAUGUGAGAAAAGGACGCCCUCUUCUGGUAGCAGUGAAGAUCCUGCGCCCCGACGCCUCCAAGAAUGCCAGGAAUGACUUCCUGAAAGAAGUGAAGAUUCUGUCUCGCCUGAAGGACCCGAACAUCAUCCGUCUGCUGGGAGUUUGUGUGAGCAGUGAUCCCCUCUGUAUGGUCACUGAGUACAUGGAAUGUGGAGACUUGAACCAGUAUCUGUCCCACCGAGUGCUUCUGGACAAAACAGGGCCUUCACAUAACACCCCGACCAUCAGUUAUCCGGCACUUAUCUCCAUGGCCAGCCAGAUUGCGUCAGGAAUGAAGUUCCUCUCCUCCCUCAACUUUGUGCACCGGGAUCUUGCAACCCGUAACUGCCUGGUGGGGGGUGAGAGGGGUGAGAGCGGAGAGGAUCGGGGCGGUGAGCGUCACAUCAAGAUAGCGGACUUCGGCAUGAGCAGGAACUUGUAUGCUGGAGACUACUACAGGAUCCAGGGCAGAGCUGUGCUGCCAAUACGCUGGAUGGCCUGGGAGUGUAUACUCAUGGGUAAGUUCACCACGGCCAGCGAUGUGUGGGCGUUCGGGGUCACUCUGUGGGAGAUGCUGAGCGUUUGUCAGGAGCAGCCGUACUCCAACCUCACAGAUGAACAAGUCAUCGACAACGCUGGGGAGUUCUUCAGAGACCAGGGCAGACAGGUGUAUCUGAGCAAGCCGGCCGUGUGUCCGCAGGGUCUCUACGAGCUCAUGUUGAGCUGCUGGAACAGAGACUGCAAGCUCCGCCCGUCCUUCGCCGACAUCCACUCCUUUCUCACCGAGGACGCCAUGAACAUGGUGUAGAGAGAGAAAGAGGACAAGGAGAACGGCGUCUCUAGAGAGUGGGAAACCUCUCGUACAUUUAUGCAUCCUUGCUACAGGGGGAAGGUGUGGUGGAGGUGCUGCACAGCAGAGGGAGGGGAGAGUGGGUUGCUCGCUUUUUAUAUUUGUACUUUUUUGGGUGGUCGGGGCUGAGACACCGCUGGUUCGGUUUAUUUCCACGUCAGACCCCCCAAACCCAAAGGCAAAACUAACUCCAGCUUUAGACAGCUCCGAGCUAUACUUCACAUGUUUGUUUGGUGGUGGGUGCAGUCUGCAUAGGAACUUUCUCUCUUCUCAGAUACUUUAACAUACAAAGAGGGUUUGUGUGACUGCUGAUUAAAUGCUGUAGAGUAAAUGACACAGGAAACCGCAGUAAACUCGAACAUUAUUAAGUUUCAUGACUUUUAUAUAUCCAUCUCAAAUGCUACUUGCAGGGUAACAGGUUACACAUGACACAGACUUCUCUGAACAGCACACCUAUAUUCAGACAUGAAAGUGCACACACACACACACACACACACACAGGGAUUGUCUUAGUAUUUAUGGUAUGUAUAGCCUACUGUACACAUUUAAUCAGUCUAAAUCAGUAGGAUUACUCCACGCCUCAGCCCCUUUUGCCCAUCUAAGACACACAUUAUGCUAAUCCACGAGUCUAUGAAAGGAUUUUGAUCAACAUAGUUGAUGGCUGUUGAGAGCGAACCUCAACCCCAAAACCUUACACAGUGACCCACAUCCACAGCUGUAACUCAAAGUUGUUGUGGACUAAUGUGAACUGAUGUGGACCAGACAACAGCAGCCCCCCUUACGAUUGCAAUUAAUUCAAGUUUGCUCUCAACCGCCGACGCCUCCCCAUUGUUGCUGAAAAGUCCAAGCAGUAAGAACUGAACUGUACCCUGGUGCCGAAUGGACUUCUCAAACCAGAGGAAACAGGCACAGAAGUGGGUCCGAGACGUGACCCACAACCUGGAACAGCUUUAUCAAGAAGAGAGACAAUACUGCCAGCCGGGGUAGUAGACCGGACAUCUUCAGAUGCGCCUGUUCAGGUGUUUCGGCAUUUUUUUUUUGUAUCUGGCUGCGACCCAGACACAAAGGAUUGACGUAUAAAAAAAUUCCACAACCAGCUGCACUUUAAAUCCUACAUGCAUAUCCCUGGCCACGAUGAAACUCUUGUCUGUGAGGGGCCUGAUAUGAUUCCUAUCGAUGUGGAUGCUAAUGCAUUUUACUUGCAGUGAUAUCAGAUAUUUGCCAAGGGAGAUCAAAAUUCAGGACAGCGUGUCUGCCUUAUUAAAUCCUCCCCCUACAAGACGUUGCCAAACCAUGAGAUGUAAAAUAUUAUUUAAAAAAUAUGGAAUGGCACCAUCAAUUCAUCUCAUUUUAAAUGUAUGAGAAAACUUUUGUUGGGUGUUGAGAUUUGUUUACUCAUCGAAUAUCAAACUUUUCACUCGUAAAUGCAUUACUGUACUCUAAAAACAAACAGUUAAGGCAUUACUCCAACAGGGAAGUGUGAAUGUCAACAUCAACCUCUGCAUUAUCCCAUUUUAUUACAUUAAGCUGACUGCGGUAGAAUCAAUGCUAUCUACCUUACUGAUUGUAAAGCACUGUAAAUCAGUCUGGAGAUCAUAAAGUAACACGUUUACUGAUUUGUGAAUGGUUGUGCCAUUUGAGUCAUUUUUGAUACACUGUAGUUCAACUAAACCCAUAUUUUUAUAUAUACUGUAUGUACUUAGACACUCCUUUGAUGUCUGAUUUCGUCCUUUUGUGUCUUUGAGGUUGAGCAUAAUAGUAUGUACAUAUUUUAAGGACAGAAUUGUAAUUUCCUUUACUAAUAUAUGGAAAACUCUUUGUUACAUUUGGGGUCUUCUGUAUCUCUGUAGAACGCUUGCUACCUUGAUGCCAUUGUAAUUCAUCGUUGUCUAUUUUUGUAGAUGUUUUAAUAAAGUUAACCUUUUCAAAUAAACUGAGAUGUGA